UUCCACUUCAGGUCUCGAACUGACGUUCAAACAUGCACAACUUGGAAAGCUCCUAUUCUCUGGGAGGGGAUGUUUGACCCUGAAGUUUACGACCAGAACCACAAGAAGGAAGGAUCCUCUGUUGCUCUAACAGUGUUUGCUGUGGGAAGGUACUUGGACGAAUACCUCGAGACCUUUCUGAACUCCUCAGAACAUCACUUUAUGGUGGGUUUGCCUGUGUCCUACUACGUAUUUACCGACAUGCCAGAGAAGGUCCUGCACAUCCAUCUCGGUCCUCAGCGAACCUUGAAAAUGAUCAAAGUGCAACGGCACUCAAGAUGGCAGGACAUUUCGAUGAUGCGAAUGAAAGCAAUAUCAGAUGUCAUAGAGUCUGAUAUUCGCCACCACUCCACGCAUGUCUUCUGCUUCGAUGUAGAUCAGGUGUUCACUGGGAGAUUUGGCUCAGAGGCUCUGGGAGACUCUGUGGCUCUGCUCCAUGCCUACUACUACCACCUUCCAAAGAUUUUCUAUACUUAUGACCGAAACCCGAAAUCCAAGGCUUACAUGGAAAACGGGGAUUUCUACUAUCAUGCUGCUGUCUUUGGAGGCUCAUGGAAAAGCGUAAAAUCUCUGGCUGAGGGCUGCUACCAAAACAUCAUGGAGGAUAAACAAAAUAAUGUGGAGGCUUUGUGGCACGAUGAAAGUCACCUAAACAAAUACCUGUGGCUGCACAAACCUAGCAGGGUGCUUUCUCCAGAGUACUGCUGGGAUACCCACAUCGGUUACAGGAGUGACAUUCAAGUCACUCGACUGCUAUGGGCACCAAAACAAUAUGAUAAACUGCGCACACCUUAGUAUUUCUUGGAAUUGCACACAAAACCAUGCAAAUUCAGCAACUCUAAUAGCAUGAAAACUAUAUGAAAACACAUUUUUCUCCGUACUCACAAAAUAUGCAAAAGUUGGCAACCAUUUCAAAUAAUGGUAUGAAAACAAUAUGGCAAAGGAACAUUUUCCUAGUUACUCAUGCUUCCUUGAGUUCAUUUACACUCAACUCCAAAAUGCACAAGUUUGCUUACAAGACGUCAGAUAAAUGUCUAUGCAAAUGCCAGAUUUGCUUUCUUAUCAGUGAUUGCAACAUUGUCUUUGUUUAAAAAAACAGUGCUGAUAAAAGGUCAAACGAGCAAAGCAAACCACAUAUAAUA